AUGGCCUACGUCGCAGUCGUCAAGGCGCUGUACGACUACACGGCCCAGGACCUCGAGGACGAGCUCUCAUUCUCCGAGGACCAGAUCCUCUACAUUGUCGAGAAGGGUGAUGACGAGUGGUGGAAGGCCAAGCUCAAGGAGGAUGAUGGGGGUCAGGAUGGGCCGGUGGGCCUCAUUCCAUGCACCUACGUCGAGGAGAUGCCGCCAAUCAACCAGACGAGAUCGAUGUACUCGUACGAGUCGACGUCACCAGAGGAGGUCUCGAUGGACGAGGAGGCGACGCUGUACGUCUACGCUGUCGAGGACGAGUGGUUGCUCGUGCGCGUCUCGGGCGGUAGCGACAAGCUGGGUUUCGUGCCCCGCAACUACUGCGAGGAGAUUGACGCUUCGACGAGCGUCGCAGUCGCCGGUGCCGAGGAGAGCGCCGAUGUGGUCGAGGCCCAGCGCCGCGAAGAGGAGGAGGCGGCACACGCCCGCGAGGUCGCCGAGCACCAACGCCAGCUGCGUCUCAAGGACAAGGUCCAGACGUGGUCGGUCGCUGAGAUGGACGGUAACCGCAAGAAGAACGGUACACUGGGCGUUGGCAAUGGCGCCAUUUUCUUUGCUUCCGAGACGGACAAGAGCCCCGUCAAGCAGUGUCCGAUCACGGAUCUCUUGCAGGUCGAGCCCCAAUCGGACAAGGUGCUCGUGCUGAGUCUCGCCGGGCCACAGUCCCACCUGGUUCUCCACACCGGCAGCGCUCAGGUGUCCAAGGAGAUCAUCCACAAGCUCGAGCAGAGCAAGGAAGCUGCUGGCGAGGCGCUGGAGCUCACACACGACGUCGACGAGGCACCGCAUCAGCCGGCAUCCGAGGACGAGGCGCCCGUGGCGCCACCUCCCACCAAGCAGGUACGGUGGGCCGAGGAGACGCCCGCGAGCCCACAGACGCCUGUGAGCCCUUCGUCCGCUGGGGCGGGCGGUGUCGAGCAGUGCGUCGUGCUUUACGACUUUGAGGCUGGCGGUGACGACGAGCUCACUGUCGCCGAAGGCGAGACUCUCACUGUCGUCGAGAAGGAGGACGAGUGGUGGCUCGUGCGCAACUCACGGGGUGCCGAGGGCGUCGUGCCUGCCCAAUACGUCGAGGCGGCUGCUGGUGGCGCACCAGCUGCACCGGCCGUCGACCCAGCUGCCGCGCGCCGUGCUGCCGAGGCUGAGGCUGCGCAGGCUGCAGCUGCGGCGGAGGCUCGGCGCCGGGAGGAGGUGCAGCGCAAGGAGGAAGCGCGCCGUGCGAUCGAGGAAGCGGCUGUUCGCCGAGCCGAGCAAGAGGCGGCGGACCACGAGAUUGCUGAGCAGAUUGAGGUCGAGGAGCGCGCCAAGCAGCAGCAGGUCGACCAGCGUAUGCGUGAAGAGGAACAGCGGCGGCGUUACGCCGAGGCUGCGUCGCGGCGGGAGGCGGCUCGCGGAGCCGAGCCACCCAAGGUCACGUCGCGUGGUGGCGGCGACGCGGCGGCCGCUGCUCGCAACCUCCCUAGCGGCAAGGCCAAGGCGACGCCAGCCAAGCCGAGCGACCCAGCACGGCCCAAGCCGAACCCGGCGCGCACACGUGUCUGGAGCGACCGCACGGGGCAGUUUAAGGUCGAGGCCGAGUUCCUGGGCAUGAACGGCAACAAACUGCGGCUGCACAAGUUAAACGGCGUGAUCAUCGAGGUGCCGAUGGAGAAGAUGUCGCCUGACGACACACACAUGAUUAAGCGCUACCUCGCACGCAAGGAGCGGCAAGCGGCGGCGGCGGACGACGACGACCUCCCGCUCGGUCAGGCGGUGCGCAAGCCGAGCGCGACUAUUAGCCAAGAGUCGAGUGUGCGUGCCGAGGCGCAGCGCCGCGGCAGCGCGCGCAAGCAGGCGUUUGACUGGUUUGCGUUCUUCCUCGACGCCGGGUGCGGGAUCGACGACUGCACCCGCUACGCGGCCAACUUUGACCGCGACCGGAUCGACGAGAGUAUCCUGCCCGAGCUGGACGGGACCACGCUGCGCUCGCUCGGCCUGCGCGAGGGCGACGUCAUCCGCGUUCGCAAGGUUAUUAGUGGGCGGUAUGGCAAGAAGACGCCCGAGCAGGCGGCGCAGCUGAACGCCGACGAGGACUAUGCCCGCAAGCUGCAGGAGCAUGAGGACGGUGGCGGAAAGGGCCCCGCGCCGGCCCCUCCUCCCGGGCUGUUCACGAACCCGGAGGGCAAGCUCACGAACAACACGCGCCGCGGCCGUCCCGAACGCCGCAACACCCUCACGUCCAACACGGUCGACACGGCUGCGCUCGGCGCUGUGUCUGAGCAGCUGAGCAAGGUGUCGCUCACGCCGAUCGAGCCGACCCCAGCUCCGCCUGUUGAAAAGAAGGCCGAGGAAGAGAAGAAGGAGGAGCUGCCCAAGUCUCUGCUUACUGGCUUUGACGACGACGCGUGGGAGAUCAAGCCUGCGGCCAACAAGCCUGCGUCACCUGCGCCUGCAACCGCGCCACCGAAGACGGCCAGUCCGCCACCUAAGGCGAACGGCACCGACGCGCUCCUCGCACAGAUCAGCAACAUGCGCCCAGCGAGUGCGGACGCGCCCCGCGGUGGCAACUUUGACGUUCUCGCUGAGCUGCCGAACCCGCUGAGCGUGCAGGCGCAGCAGCGUGCCACGUCGGCCGCAGUACCAGCACGCACUGGCAGCGCGACCCUUCCCCCGCCAUCGACCUACGGCCUGGGUGCGGUCAACUCAGCGGCGCCAAUGGCCCAGAUCCAGCAGCCUCAGCAGGCCCAGCCGCAGAUGCCGGACCCGAACGCGCCCCGCGGUCCCCUCGCACCUGUACGCGCGAACGAGGGGCUCCUCAACCCCCUCCAGCCGAGCAUGACGGGCAUGUUCGUUCCCACCCACCCGACAGGCUUCCAGCAGCCCAUGGGGAUGCAGCAGACAGGCAUGCCCAUCGGCAUGGGCGGCGGCAUGCUCUCGCCCGGGUACCAGCAGCCCAUCCAGCCGGCGUAUACUGGCAUCCCGUUCCAGCAGCAGCAGAACAACAGCUUCAACGCGAUUGCUAAUCUGCCACCGCCGCAGCUUCCGCAGCCGACUGGUGCGGGAGGGGACAUGUUUGCGCCGUCGAACAUUUUCAACGCGAUGAAACGCACCGACUUUGGCAAGAGCGAGGAGACGAACCCUCAGGCUGCGAACAAAUACGACGCGCUGCGCCCACUCACGACGGGGUACAAUGGCGCGCCGGGCAUGUUCCCGCAGAACACGGGCAUGCCGAUGCAGAUGCAGGGCACAGGCAUGCCCAUGGGUGGCAUGAUGCCCAUGGGCCAAGGCAUGUACCCGCAGGCGACGGGGUACAACCCGCAGAUGAUGGGGCAGUACGGGCAGUAUGGGCAGGGCGGGUAUGGGCAGUACUAG